UUGAAAGCAUUGCUUGGGUAUUGAUCUAGAACUAGUACUUUCGGCAAAAGCUCUACUUCUACGCUAGUCCUGAGCUAGUCAGAUUUUCGGCAGGGCAUUCACAGAUACCAAUACAUUCAAAACAUGCGCAUACGCAGAACAUACAUUCCCAACGGAAUUGAAAGUGAGCAGCUCCCCUAAGGAGCAAGUAGGAAGCAGUACAAAUGCGAAGUAAAAAAUAAAUGUUUAAAUUUCUUACAAUGCUCAGAAAAGAAUACCAUUUUCGCUAGUUACAUAAAAUAUUUUCGGUUGAGUAAAAAAAAAGUAAGUAAAAAGUACAAAAUUAGAUCGACAAUUCGGUUUGUCGAAACGCCAAAUGAAGCGCCUUAUUGCCAAGCAACUGAAGAACGAUAACGAUACAAGACGGGAAAAUGGUAAUAGUAGCCGCGGGUACUUGAGGGGGAGGGGGGAAUUUUACUUGCAGUGUUCUAAAAUGUUCCCUCCUAAUGUAAAAUUCGAUCCAGAAGGCAAUGAUGCAAUAACCAUCUUAAACGCUAAACUGAAAAAAAUAGAAGAGCAAAACAACUAUUUGCAAAAAGAACUGAAAAACGUAUCGUCUAUGCUUGCCAAGCAUAUGGUCUAUUUGGAAAGACUUUCCAAUCAUGUUUUCCCGAAGACUUUAAAUUUCAACUUUUUUCCAUUUAAAUCAAAAGAAGAAAUGGACGAUGUGGAGAAAAAUGUUAAAUCUAUGCCAACAAAUGAAGUUAUGGAAUAUAUAAGAGAAACCAUCGGGCCCAAUGAUAUUUCGAAGUCGCUUAAUAAAUUGUUUACGGAAGAAUUUUUGUUAUCCUUAAACUGGGAUGGCAACCAGAAAAAGUUAGCAUUGCGAAAAUAUAAAAUCUUUUCAAAAUAUGCUUUUGAUGCGGUGAAACGAGAAGAUUACGAUUAUUCGGAUUACGAAGCAUCAAUGCGGAAAGGUUUCCGAAAGAUGAAGAAUAGGGUGUAUAGGAGACGCUACAAUAAUAAGCUGACCAGUGAAGCAGCAUCCACGCUAGACAAAAAUUAAUAUUUAAAAAUUAUUUGAAUUAAAUCUUAAGUAUGUUCAUUGCAAUUAAGUACCUUUAGAUGUUAACAAACUUGUAUUAACAUGAAACUACAUACAUACAUAUGUACAUAUAUUUUAAUUUGAGCUAAGGCAUUGUAAACACUUUCAAAAUCAAGUUCAUGUUGAGUUAAUAUGUAAUUUAUAAUAUAUAAUUACGGUGACCAUCCGUCCUGUAUUAUAGGGGACAGUCCUUUUUUUCGUCAA